GUCCAACUCUGCGAAUGGCGGCUGCCCGUUCACUACCUGGUCAUCUAUUUUGGGACUGUGGUUCAUCUGCCUUGGCCCUCCUGCCCCAUCUCCUCUGAGGGUGCCCAGAGACUGCUCGGUCUGCAGGGGUCCGAUCUGGGUCGGUCACCGGGACCAGAGGUGGUUUUCAGAUUCCUGGAUCCCUCAGAAUGGAUUCCAGCACGAAAGCUCGAAAGACAACACCUCUGGACCGGUGGACCAACCCAGAUUGGAUCCCGCAACAUUGCCCUGGGACCACGUGGAUUCGCCUUAAUUCGUGGCUGCUUUGUCUGUACCCAGACUGGAUGCUGCCCGCCUAGUUUCCUGGCUUGCAGAAGGCAGGCGGGCUGGUUUGAACUAGGAGGCCCUUCCGAUGCGUUCCCGGUUCUUUCCAUGGCCGGAAUCUUUCUAUCUGCCUUCUGUAGAUCCCUUCCACGUGGGCAAAGCUUUGCAGGUGCCCCCUGCAGCCACUUUUGGCACAGGCCAGGUGGCCCCAGAGCCUCUCCUGACAUUCUGAUCCCUCCCUCGGGAGCGGUGGAUCCGGCUCCUGACUCAACCGGCCAGCCCGCAAUCCUUUGUACCUGUCGGUCGGCUUGCAGGCACCUGCGGGUGGAUCUGAGUUGCAUUCUUCCGCUGUCGUCUUGCACCCCGAUGGCACAGCCGCGGAGCAGGCGGUGGCAUUUCCCGUGGCUCUUUCAGGCAGUGCUUUCUACCAGAUCCUCGCAGUGUCUCUUGGAGCCCCAGCGGGAUCCGCUUCCUGGCACUGUCAGGAAGCGUUUCUGGGAAUAGUUAGAUUACCAAGACAGGAGACCAGGGAGGGCAGGAGACGGUUAGAUUGGACCGCGAGAUCAUGAAUCGUUGGGGUCUUGGAGCUGCGAAAUAGGUUUUUUCAGUCGUUCGAAGCCACAGCUUGACGCAGGCCUGAGGCAUGCUUUGGAAAAUAUCUCUCCAGGAAGGGGUCACGUCCGGGAUGGGCUCGCUGAGAGGAAACGGCUGUCGCUUCAGCCCAGUUUGGUUGGGCUACUUUUGUUCGGUCGCUUGCAGAGAUCAUCUUUGCCGAGCAGCCGCUCACCGACAAUCACCGGUCGUUGGCGUCUUAUGGCCUGAAGGACGGAGAUGUGGUGAUCCUGCAGCAAGUGGAGAAUGGGCAGGCACAGUCCUCGGCCCCCUAUUCUGGGAUGCCCAGGAUAGACUUCAGCAGCAUCGCCGUGCCGGGGACGUCCACCCAGUUCUCCCAGUCUCUACAGCUGCCACCCCCAGCCCCGACCCCACAGGCCCCGGCCGUCGCCCCGAUCCCUCCGGCCCCAGCCGUCGCCCCGGCCCCUCCCGACCCACCCUCCAUCCCGCAAGGCCUGGACAACCCGGCUCUUUUGCGAGCCAUGCUGCUGGCCAACCCCCAUGAGCUCUCCUUGCUGAAGGAACGCAACCCCCCUCUGGCCGAGGCGCUGCUCAGCGGAGACCUGGAGAAAUUCACUCAAGUGCUGGUGGAACAGCAACAGGACCGAGCGCGCCGCGAGCAGGAGAGGAUCCGUCUCUUCUCCGCUGACCCUUUUGAUCUGGAAGCUCAGGCCAAGAUCGAGGAGGACAUUAGGCAGCAGAACAUCGAAGAGAACAUGACCAUCGCCAUGGAAGAGGCUCCCGAGAGCUUUGGCCAGGUGGUGAUGCUGUACAUCAAUUGCAAGGUCAAUGGCCAUCCCGUGAAGGCCUUCGUGGACUCAGGUGCCCAGAUGACCAUCAUGAGCCAGGCGUGCGCGGAGCGGUGCAACAUCAUGCGAUUGGUGGACCGGCGCUGGGCGGGCAUCGCCCGGGGCGUGGGCACCCAGCGGAUCAUUGGCAGGGUGCACCUGGCUCAGGUGCAGAUCGAGGGGGAUUUCCUCCCGUGCUCCUUCUCCAUCCUGGAGGAGCAGCCCAUGGACAUGCUGCUGGGCCUGGACAUGCUGAAGAGGCACCAGUGCUCCAUCGACCUGAAGAACAACGUGCUGGUGAUUGGCACCACCGGCUCUCAGACGACCUUCCUGCCUGAGGGGGAGCUUCCCGAAUGUGCCAAGUUGGCUUACGGGCCGGGCCGGGACGACAUGCGGCCGGAUGAACUGGCAGAUCAAGAGCUGGCCGAAGCCCUUCAGAAGUCUGCUGAGGAAGCAGAGAAUAGCGAUACAGAAACUACCUCACUUGAAGCUCCAUCGCAACCAACUUCGGACAGCUUUAAACCUCCAGUUUGUUUUCCAGAACUUGGUCCGAAGAUUACCGACAGUCCUGCAAGCCGAUCGCUCGAUCGCUCGGCCUCUGCUCCGGCCGUUGGCUCCCCCCACAGCGGCCAGAAAGAGCCUGAAAGUCCCCGAACUGGGAAAUCCCUGGAUUCUAUGCUGGAGCCCUGGGGAGGGUUGGGGAACAAGAAGCCCCCGGCCUCCGCACUGAAUCUGGCGGGCGCCGGGGCCCACUCCCACCUGGGGGGCUCGGUGACCCCCCAAAACAUAUGUGCUGCUUCCAGCUGCCUUUCUGAGAAGGCUGCUGCUGGCCCCGAGCCUCAGGAGAUGGGGGGAGAGAGCAGCCCGUCCCAAGAGAUGAGCGAGCCCGACGCCCCUCUGCUGCUAGGGCCCAACAAGCUUCCUCCAGGUGAAUGGAGGGAGCCUUGGCUUGUGGGGGACAUUUCCUCGCCACUGGCUGAUACUGCGGAAGAAGAGAUGUCCCAAGGGGCCGAAGGGAGGCCAGAGGGGUCCCCAGCCCAGCCACCAGGAGAUGACCACUCACUCGAAGGCCCCCCUGCCCCAGAGGCCCCAGACCCACACUUUCUUGAGUCAGCUGACAUGAGCGCCACGGCCCCCGGGAUGGAGACGGGGUUGCCCAAAUGCCACGGCCUUCCUCUGCCCUUCGGUCUCCCCACAGCGAGCAGCUCGACUCAGCCCGGAAAUGUCCCUGUUAACCGGCCCAAGGAUCAAGACGACGAGACAGGCAUCUCCCUCGCCUCAGCCCUGAAGGAGCUCCACCGGCUCCUGGUUGUGAGUUCGAAGCACGACUUCCGGAGAGGGGGGUCUCUGCAGGAAGAGAGCUCACCGGAGGUUCCUCCCGAAGAGUCAGCUGCGGCUGAGGAGUGUUCCCGAGAGCAAGCAAGGCAGGAUCCAGCCCUCUCCCACCCAGCCGCCUGCUUGGAGGCCGGGACAGAGAUGCUGGAGGAGCCCUACUUAGCUGGGGGGCAGCAGGAGGCUGCCCAAGGGGCCUCUGGCUGCGGUGACUCCGUCCCAGCAAGCCCUUUGGCGGUGUGGCCUCCGCCGCAGGCCAAGGAGUGCCUGAGAAAACCGACUGAGCUCUCAUCCUCUGGCCAGCAGCAUCCUGGCUGCGCUGCUGUGGGGCAGAGCUCUCUUGCCACGCUUGGCCCUCCGGAGUCCUCGGCGGCCCAGGGCAGUUGUAGCAAUCCUUCCCCAGAAGAAGGGGGAGACUCCAGCGAGCAUCCUGUUGAACAGCCAGAGCCGCCAUCCUUUCCCGGCGCUUCAGAGCCUCACUCUCCUCCUGCCCUCACUGCAAACCUCGAUCAGAUUGUGGGGGCCGGCUUUACUCGCCAAGAAGCCGGAGAAGCUCUGGAGCACGCGGGAGGCAACGCCGAUCUGGCCCUGCUCAUCUUGCUAGCCAGGAAUAUCGUGGUGCCCACGUAGCCAAGACUGCCUUUCUGAAAGAGCCCCCCCUCCCGGUGACUACGUUUGAUUCCUUUUUUUUUUUUUUAAGAAAAAGGGGAAGAAAAAUAUCCCUUAUUUUCAACCAGCUCAUCUCCUAGUUCCCUGGUUGAAUUUUGGCCAUUUAAAAAACAAACAUUUGGUAUUGUACGGAAUCCGCGAUUUGUUAUUCCUAUCCAUUCUGGUGACGUUUACGGGAAUAAACUUUAUUUAAAUACAUGGUUUUAGAACGAUAUGCAAAUUUGGGGCUUAGAAAGUAUAGACCCAGGUCCGAGGGGGCGCUUAACCUUGGUGAAGUGCCAGGAAGGCAGAGUCUUCAGGAGCAGGGAUGGGGCGCGGCACCCCAUUUCUUACCCUCGCCCCCGGUUGACACCGUGUGCCAGCCAUGUCACCGGGACUCCCUUCUGCUUAGCCUGCAGCUGUGAGUGAAAAUAGGUCCCCGGGCAGAGUGCUCCGAGGGGGGUAGCGCUUUUUGGGUACUGUGAGAGUACAGUGGCCAGGUCAGCUCUUGAGGCUGGUCCCAAGGGGCCUUGGGAGGAGGGGGGGCUUUUGCCCCUUCUUGGUGCACGCCGAACCGCAUCUUUGGAUGCCAUGGUGGAUGGGCAUGACGGUGCUGGGCUUGGCGAGGAGAUAGCAGAGCUAGGUCAGAGAGAAGGCCGAAGAAUGGAGGAGCUGUGGCGCUUUCUAAUUUUUCCCUUGGGGGAGGUUAGGGCAGGGGGUUGCUUGCCGGGAGCCUCCCUUAAACGGGAUGGUCUUUUAAGCAUUGGAUGAUUUGAAAGGAAAGGCAGGGAAUUGGCAGCUGGCGAUCACAUUUAACUGCGAGAGGGCAGGAACUGCCACUCAUUUGGCCCCGAUUCCACAGCCCAGGACUGGAUCUUGGAAGUUAAGAAAAGGGGGUGGGGAGGGGGCUUCCUCUGUGUUUCUGAAGGCUUGAAUUUUUCUCUGCAGCUUGAGAGAUUAAAUCUGUCCCGUCCCCAUAAUUCAGAGCGGACGGGAGAGUUUUGAAAUGAAGGGGGGUGGGGUACGGGUGACGCACAUAUGUUUGCUUUUGAUUCGACAAACGCUAUGGCUCUUGGCUAGGAUUUGCUGAUGUCCGAUGGCAGCGGGAAGACCCCACACACCCCUUUUUUACGGGAAGGUAGUAGUAGGGGCUCUGCACGGCAGGAGUUCCCUUGUCAGGUGCCCCUGAAGGUGCCCGUCUCUCUCUGGAAGUGGGUGCUGCCGAGGGACUAAACCUCUGGUUGCAGGAGCAGCAAUGGGGCAGGAGGGAGGCGAUGCUUUCGAAACGCACCUUUGUGUGUGUUUCGAGGGCUGCACUUCCUGGCAGAGAGAGUGCCCGGUUGGAGGGCGGUGGUGUGAGAGUCCACAAAAGCGCUUGCCUAUCGUAGAGGGUUUGCAUAUAAUUCACGGAGGAGCAGUCUGGACCUUGCUCCCUCCUCGUACGCCGAGUGAAGGCCGUGGGGAUCACCGGUGGCCACACCCUUGAGUCGGGUUUGCCUUGGCAUUCGUCACACGCAAUGGCGGGCCGUGGCCUCUCAGGAAUCUCUGCCUGUCACGGCGGCAGGGCUGCCCUUCUUCGCCCUUGCCUGCUUGGCUGCUGCCGGGCGGCAUCGCGACGCAGUCGGGCUCUUUUGCCGGUGACCGGGUGACAUCUUUGUAGCUCGCAUCUUCCUUUUUACCAAAAAAAUAAUUAAAAGAAUGAGGACGUAUUUGGCAGGACGGGGCUGUUGCUUCUCAACUGGAAGAAACAUGUAAACCUUUUGGAUUUUAAACAAUAAAAGAUGUGUUUUCUCAUA